AUGGAAGGACUUCUUAAAGCUGUCAAGUCGCCGGAAAUCUCCGAAGAUCCCUUAAUACCACAACCUCCUGUUCAAGAAACUUCAACUGUUCCGCGGAUCUCAGUCAUCGAAGAUGAACAAUCUGAAGCUCAGAUAUCAUCACCGGAAGAUGUAUUGCAAAAAUUAAAAUCCAAGCCAUCUAUAUCAACUUUAUUAGAGGUAUUGAAAUUUCUUGAUCCCGCCAGGCUGGAGGAUGGAGAUUUUAAUAUCAUCAUCCCAAGCUCUCUUGGAGCUCAAAUACUCCAUGCUUUGAUCACAACUACCAUUUGUGACCAUUGGGAUAGCUUAGGGAUGGAAUAUGGACUAGAAACCUCAUACAAACUUUCGUCCAGGAAGACACCACAAGCUAUAUUAUUAAGAUGUGUGAAGAGUCCUUCUGGAAUUGGAACUUUACUGGCUUAUAUCCGAAGUCUUCUCCCGAGUCAAAAUCUUCCGCAUGGGAAGAAGGCCGGCUCUAAGAAUGGAUCACUAAUACAAGAUGCUCUAUCCUUACUCUCACACCUAUUAUCACCCAAUGACUUACUUUUCCAGCUAUUUACUGAUAUACUCCGGCUCAAUGACAAUGCGGUCCAACAACAGCUUCUCUUGCAAGAGGCUGUUUCUCUCCUUGCAUCUGGGAAAGUUCUAUCAAUUGCUGCUGAGUCAUUUGGCUAUACAGAGUUAUCUAUAGAAUCUUCCCCUCACUCCUGGAUUUCUAAUGGGAAACUCUAUGCUUCUUGGCUAGGGAGAAAUAUCAGCCAUAUGGCGUCUCAUCUCCCUAUUGAUGACGAUCAAGGUUGGAAGUAUCUGGGUGUAUUUACUAGCCGGUCACUAAGCACUGGUCAGACAGAUCAAGUGGUUGGUGAGGUUUUAAAUGGCCUAUUAUUCCAGAAGGACAGGCCAGGCACCGAAAAGCUCAUUAACCUGCUGAAAAUCUUGCGGCAGCAUGACCAAAGAAGAAUUUUAGAAUCAAUUCUACGUUACCUAGAAAGGACUUUUUUGAUAAAUCUGCUAGAAAAUGAAAAGAGCAACGUGGGAGGUAGCAUAAACAGCGUUUUUAUGCGCCACUCACUUUCACAAAUAUUUACAAAAUCAAUUGAUCUUUUUGGAGAUAAACUCUCAAUCAAGCAUUCCCCUAUACUAGCCCAAGAAGCGAAUGCACAAGUUAUCCUCCUCGCUGCUGGUUACUUGAACAGGCUUGAAACCACUGAUCUAUCCGGUCUCGUUCAGUCCAGUUCCUAUCUAUCUGCUAUUUCGAAUCGCCUUGGAGCAGCAUCCACUAGAUCUCGUUUCUUAGGGAUGGUAGUUGGCACUUCAUUAUCCAAGCUGAUUGAUAAACCCGAAAGCCGCAUGAAAUUCGACCUGGCUGAAAUGGAAAGCGACGAGGCUUCAUGGUUCUUGAAAUUACCAGAUACCCAGGACCGAGUUGGAACGCUAGAGAACUUGAAAAUCUCACAUACGUUGCCCUCAACGGGAAUAAACGAAAGAAGAGUCCCAAAUACCAAACAUAAGCAAAGACAAGAAUCCAAUGCAAAAUCGGCGGCUUCCAAAAUAUUGCCCGUGGAAGAUUCAGAUGAAUCUGAUGAGGAUGGCCUUACCCCGUAUCAAAAACCAGAUACGGAUGCCUCUGAUUCUGACGAUGACCCAACACUUAUUCAGAGAUCCAAGCCCACCCCUCCUGUAUAUAUCAGGGAUCUUUUAGUCUACCUUCGUGACAUCGACAAUUAUGACCGUUAUAAUCUAGGCAUUUUGACUGCACCCAGCCUUAUAAGGCGAAAAGCGGCCUUUGGCUCCGAACUAGACGAACACAUUAAUGACCUUGCCCUUACCCUUACUGGCUUGCAUGACAAAUAUAAUAUUCCAAAAUUCCAAGAAUAUCGCCUGCAGAGCCUGGUCACACUUAUUGUUGCACGCCCACUGGUUCUAGGUUCAUGGAUAGCGAAUGCAUUUUUCCAUAUUGAUUUAUCCCAAUCCCAAAGAUCCUCGUUACUAGUCGCCUUUGGCCUAGGAGCUAGAGAACUUGCAGGGUACAGGGAAGAGGAUAGUAGGGCAAUGGGCCUUCCCCCCGCUCCCACGGACGCAUCUUUCCCGUCUCAACGACUCCCAUCUCGACUUGAAAGCCAAUUUGACCCAGCUUCUAAAAAUACCCCAAUUGAGGCUAUAUCUAGGAGUAUUGCCCGAAGCUCUCUAGAGCCUUUAGCUCUUAAUGCUGCAGACGCACUGAGCGGUCCAAAUGCCCUCAAAGUUCGCACAUUUUCGUCAAGAAUGGAAGUGGAGAAGAAGAAGCACGAACGAGAACAACUAAGAAGGGCAAAGUCGAUUCCAAAAGAUCUACAUAAAACACUAUUCGAAGCGUUCUUCCGCCCAUUAAUCGGUGGGUUUAGUCUAAUGCUUUAUUCUACUUCAUCAUAUAACGGCAACAACCCAUUUCUCUCCCCUCAUCUCCUUUCCUUAUUUAUACAAACUGUCAACAUUGUGAUAUCGACCAUUGGGCCGAGUUCGGUUAACCAGCCGACCAUAACUUCCGAUGUUCUAACACUACUGAUGUCACUCCAUAACUCCCCAGUUGCUACAGAACCAACUGUUCUUUCCGCCAUACUGUCACUUUUUCUUGCCGUAAUGGAUAUUAAUAUUGCAUCCGGAAUCUCUGGGGAAGAACGUCUUGUCACCGAAUUCACAGAGCAAGUAAUGGAGAUGCGAGAAUGGGUUGGAGGAAUUUUUGAAAUAACCCCAAAGGAAGAUGAUCAAGUCAGAAUGCUGGCCGCUGGUAUUAUGGUAAAGUUGGGAGAAAUCGUGAACCGAUACCAAGGCAGGCUCUUUGGAAUAAAUGCUGAGUUUUCAUUCUAG